GCUCGCUCUUUCCGCUUCCCUGGCCGGCGGGCGACGGUCUGGAGCGGCGCCGUCCGCUCUGAGGGUUCGCAGCCAACCGCUGCUUCGGAGGCCUCGCCGCUGCCAUCACAUUCCGCAGCCGAGAGACCAUGGUGGGCCGGAACAGCGCCAUCGCCGCCGGCGUAUGCGGGGCCCUUUUCAUCGGGUAUUGCAUUUACUUCGACCGCAAGAGACGGAGUGACCCCAACUUCAAGAACAGGCUGCGAGAACGAAGAAAGAAACAAAAGCUUGCCAAAGAGAGAGCUGGGCUUUCUAAGUUACCUGACCUUAAAGAUGCAGAAGCUGUUCAGAAGUUCUUCCUUGAAGAAAUACAGCUUGGAGAAGAGUUACUAGCUCAAGGUGAAUAUGAGAAGGGUGUGGACCAUCUGACAAAUGCAAUUGCUGUAUGUGGGCAGCCACAGCAGUUGCUACAAGUAUUACAGCAAACUCUUCCACCGCCAGUGUUCCAGAUGCUGCUCACUAAACUCCCAACAAUUAGUCAGAGAAUUGUAAGUGCUCAGAGCUUGGCUGAAGAUGAUGUGGAAUGAAGAAAUUCAACAUAAUAAAAUCUCACUUCAAAAUAUUUUUAAAAUUCUUAACUUGGAAGCUGAGCAGCUCUGGGGGAAAAAGGGCAAAUAAGCUUGUUGUGGACUGUCCUACACUGAAAUCUACCAAAGUUCAUGUUUGCUUUGCGUAGAUCCAUUUGUCUGUUUUAUUUAUUUUCCCAGUGAAAAGUGUAUUUUGUAGAGAGCUUUUCAUUUUAUAAAUACACUAUGAGUUACCAAAAUAUCAUGGAUUUUGUUUAUUUCUAAAAUAUGCAAUUAAUGUGUACAUAUAUAACAUACUUACAUUAAAAAUACCCAAUACUCCAUUUCUAAGAUAGGUGAAAGAGGGUGGAAGAAAGCUGAAGAAUGUACUUUUUUUUAUAAACUAGCACAUUGUGACAUAAAUUAGAAAACUGAAUGGAAACUUGAUUGUAUAGUGAAGGCUGAGCAUUAAAGUUCUUCAGGAGAUAUUUCCAUCUAAUCUCUUAGCCAUGUGCGUUGUGCUGCUGUGCUGUGCUAGCAGCUUUACCCUGUCCCCUGGGGUUAGUCUAGAGAUGUUGUGUUUAAAUCGGUGGCCUUCAUGUGUUCUGGGUAUUUUUCUCCAUGUGUUUUAAAUAUGUGGAGUUGCAAAUCACACUAGGAAUUAGAUCUGUAUAUGCCACUAAUGUAGCUGUGUGAGCUUUUCCAGUUCAUGUCUGCUCAUUUUGCUCAUUUAUGAAGUGAGGAAAUCAGCCUCCUGAUCUCUGAGGUGUCCCUUUCUGCUCCUGGUUCCGUUGGUUCUGUUGGACAGCUGCAAAUCUAUCUUCACCUGAGAAGUGUAUUUGGGCAACCUGGCUUUGUAUUUGUUUAUAUUCUGAAUUUUGCAUGCUUGCUUGAUUUAGUAUUUCUGAAUUGAUGUUUUUAAAAAUGUUGUAAAUAUCUUGUUGCUUUUCACUGAAAUUAAAUGGGAUCUGUCAGUGCUCUAUAAAGUAAGCUGAAACUUAA